UUUCUCCGGAGGCGCCAGGUCGGCUUGGGGCAGUUUGGAGGCCCUGUUGCCUAGGAAAUUGGGGCGGGGCUUAGGAAACCAGCCCUGUGCCGACUUUGCGCAGGCGCUCGCUCUGGUCUUUACUAUCGCGAGAACUCCUCCCGGAAGUUCCACGUCAGUCAGUCGCCUGGUCAGCGGGUCGGUGGGUUUCUCCAGGACUUCUUGGUCUGUAGCGAGUGAGGGCGCCCGGGCUCGGACCGACGGAGCCAUGCCUCUGCGACUUGAUAUCAAGAGAAAACUUACUGCUCGAUCCGAUCGAGUUAAGAGUGUGGAUUUGCAUCCUACAGAGCCGUGGAUGUUGGCCAGUCUUUACAAUGGUAGUGUGUGCGUUUGGAAUCAUGAAACACAGACACUGGUGAAAACAUUUGAAGUAUGUGAUCUUCCUGUCCGAGCUGCAAAGUUUGUUGCAAGGAAGAAUUGGGUUGUAACAGGAGCGGAUGACAUGCAGAUUAGAGUAUUCAAUUACAACACUCUGGAGAGAGUUCAUAUGUUUGAGGCACAUUCAGACUACAUUCGCUGUAUUGCUGUUCAUCCAACCCAGCCUUUCAUUCUAACCAGCAGUGAUGACAUGCUUAUUAAACUCUGGGACUGGGAUAAAAAAUGGUCUUGCUCACAAGUGUUUGAAGGACACACGCAUUAUGUAAUGCAGAUUGUGAUCAACCCUAAAGAUAACAACCAGUUUGCCAGUGCUUCUUUGGACAGGACAAUCAAGGUGUGGCAGCUGGGCUCGUCGUCACCAAACUUCACUCUGGAGGGACAUGAGAAAGGCGUGAACUGCAUUGAUUACUACAGUGGUGGGGACAAGCCAUACCUCAUCUCAGGAGCAGAUGACCGUCUUGUGAAAAUAUGGGACUAUCAGAAUAAAACUUGUGUACAGACACUGGAGGGACAUGCCCAAAAUGUGUCUUGUGCCAGUUUUCAUCCUGAGCUGCCCAUUAUCAUCACAGGUUCAGAAGAUGGAACCGUGCGUAUUUGGCAUUCAAGCACCUAUCGCCUUGAGAGUACUUUGAAUUAUGGAAUGGAGAGAGUAUGGUGUGUGGCCAGCCUGCGAGGGUCCAAUAACGUUGCUUUGGGCUAUGAUGAAGGGAGCAUUAUUGUUAAGCUUGGUCGGGAGGAACCUGCCAUGUCCAUGGAUGCCAAUGGAAAGAUAAUCUGGGCCAAACAUUCAGAAGUCCAGCAGGCCAACCUAAAAGCAAUGGGAGAUGCUGAAAUUAAAGAUGGAGAAAGACUGCCACUGGCAGUAAAAGAUAUGGGCAGUUGUGAAAUAUACCCUCAGACUAUUCAGCACAAUCCUAAUGGGCGGUUUGUUGUGGUGUGUGGUGACGGCGAGUACAUCAUCUACACGGCAAUGGCACUGAGGAACAAGAGCUUUGGGUCUGCCCAGGAGUUCGCGUGGGCCCACGACUCUUCAGAAUAUGCAAUAAGAGAGAGCAACAGUGUUGUAAAGAUAUUUAAGAACUUUAAGGAAAAAAAAUCAUUUAAACCAGACUUUGGAGCUGAAAGUAUCUACGGAGGUUUCUUACUGGGAGUCAGGUCUGUAAAUGGUUUAGCUUUCUACGACUGGGAAAAUACGGAACUCAUACGCAGAAUUGAAAUUCAACCCAAACACAUUUUCUGGUCUGACUCUGGAGAGCUAGUCUGUAUUGCAACUGAAGAGUCAUUUUUUAUCCUUAAAUAUCUGUCAGAAAAAGUCUUGGCUGCACAGGAAACACAUGAAGGAGUUACUGAAGAUGGCAUUGAAGAUGGUUUUGAGGUUCUUGGUGAGAUUCAGGAAAUUGUGAAAACAGGGCUGUGGGUAGGCGAUUGCUUCAUUUACACAAGUUCUGUGAACAGAUUAAAUUAUUAUGUCGGAGGAGAAAUAGUCACCAUUGCCCACUUGGACAGGACGAUGUAUCUCCUGGGCUAUAUUCCUAAAGACAACAGGCUUUAUCUGGGGGAUAAGGAACUGAACAUCGUUAGCUACUCCCUACUGGUUUCAGUGCUGGAGUACCAGACAGCCGUCAUGCGGAGGGACUUCAGCAUGGCCGAUAAGGUCCUCCCGACCAUCCCGAAAGAGCAGAGGACCAGAGUUGCACACUUCUUGGAAAAGCAGGGCUUCAAGCAGCAAGCUCUUACAGUUUCCACAGACCCUGAGCAUCGCUUUGAACUUGCUCUUCAGCUUGGAGAACUAAAAAUUGCAUACCAGUUAGCAGUGGAAGCAGAGUCAGAACAGAAGUGGAAACAGCUUGCUGAACUUGCCAUUAGUAAAUGCCAGUUUGGCCUAGCCCAGGAGUGCCUGCAUCAUGCACAGGACUAUGGGGGUCUGCUGCUUUUGGCCACUGCCUCUGGUAAUGCUAGUAUGGUGAACAAGCUAGCAGAGGGCGCAGAGAGAGAUGGCAAGAAUAAUGUGGCAUUCAUGAGCUACUUUCUACAGGGCAAGCUUGAUGCUUGCCUGGAGCUUUUGAUUAGAACUGGACGACUGCCAGAAGCUGCCUUCCUGGCACGGACUUACCUACCCAGUCAGGUUUCAAGGGUGGUGAAACUCUGGAGAGAAAACCUCUCAAAAGUCAAUCAGAAAGCAGCAGAAUCCCUUGCUGAUCCAACAGAAUAUGAAAACCUUUUCCCUGGAUUAAAGGAAGCCUUUGUUGUAGAAGAAUGGGUGAAGGAAACGCAUGCCGACCUGUGGCCAGCCAAACAGUACCCACUUGUCACCCCAAAUGAAGAAAGAAAUGUUAUGGAAGAGGCAAAAGGCUUUCAGCCCUCAAGAUCUACAGCUCAGCAGGAACUUGAUGGGAAACCUGCUUCUCCUACUCCUGUUAUCGUGACCUCCCAGACAGCCAACAAAGAAGAAAAGAGUUUACUUGAGCUGGAAGAUUUGGAUAAUUUGGAAUUAGACGAUAUUGACACAACAGAUAUCAACCUAGAUGAAGAUAUUUUGGACGACUAAAUAAUAUUUCCCGUUUACUCAACUAAACAGAUCAUUAUUAUGGACAGGUAUCAAUCGUCACCCUGACCACCAUGCUUUGGACUCUGAGAAACUCCUUACAUUUUUUAUAUGUAGACGCUGUCGCCCACUAGGAGCACAAUGCCCUCAUCUUCGGAGGAGUUUAUGUGCAGCAUCUAAAUCACUGUUCCCUUAUUAACUAAAACAGCUGUGGGCUUUGAUUUUUUUCAUACUGUCAUUGGACCGUAUCUCAUAAAAUCUUUUGAAUUAAUGAA